AUGAUUAUUGUCACUCACAAUAUAAGGGGAUGGGGUAACAUUAUUAAGAGAAAGCAUAUAGGUUUCAUGAAUCAGUCAAGCAGAGUUGAUGUUUGCUUUCUUCAGGAAACAAAGUUAUCAACCUUCAAUUUGAAGACAGCUGAAGAUUUUUGGGGAGCAAAGGAUGUAGAUUGGACUCAUAAGGAUUCUAACGGGGCUUUGGGAGGCUCGGUUAUCCUAUGGUGGAAGAACUCUCUGGAUCCCAUUCAAAGUUUUAGAGGAGUGGGGUUUGUGGGGAUGAAGGCUUUGUGUAAAGUUUUCAGAAGAGAGGUGUGGAAGAGUUUACUAAGGCUGAAGAGAUUAUCGGUAGGAGAGGAGUGGUGCAUUGGUGGUGACUUCAAUACGGUUUUGUUUAAAGAGAAGAGGAUUGGGAAGAGUGUGGGUUGUAAUGGUAGGGACAUCAGUGGUUUCUAUAAUUUUGGGGAGGAAAUGGAGCUCAUUGAUCUCCCUUGUUUGGAUAAUCAGAUGGUGGGAAAAAAGAUCUACUCAGACCACUUCCCCGUUUGGUUGAAAUCUGCUGGUGGUGACUAG